UAGACACAGCAGAUCACCGAUCACGGAAAGAGCCGAAGAUGUCGGCUCGGUCAUGUGAUUAGCUGUGUCCAAUCACAGCUGAUCACAUGGCACUGAUGAUCAGUGUAGCCCCAGCAGUGCCACCUGUCAGUGUCCAUCAGUGCCUUGUGUCAGUGCUCAUCAGUGCCUCGUGCCAGUGCCCAUCAGUGCCACAUCAAUGCCACAUAUCAGUGCCUACCAGUGCACAUCAAUGCCACAUAUCAGUGCCCAUCUGAGCUGCCUUUCAGUGUCACCCAUCAGUGCCAGUCAGUGCCACCUAUCAAUGCCAAGCAGUGCUGCCAAUCAGUGCCACCUAUCAGUGCCAGUCAGUGCCACCUAUCAGUGCCAGACAGUGCCGCCUAUCAGUGCGCAUCAGUGCCAGUCAGUGCCGCCUAAUAGU